CUUGCCGCAAUCUUGCGACGAUGGUCGCUUGCGUCUGGAUUCGUGACUGACAACAAGACGUUCUCGUGCACGCAGAGCUCCAUAACCACCGUCCCCAAUACUCACAGAGUGCUUGUGAUACCUUUUCCUCAUAGCGACCGAUUCGCCAUGGCUUUGCAAGAGAAGCUCGUGCCUUCUGCCAAACAGGUAUCACCAUUCACGGUGCGCUCAACGCCAGUCUUCGACCCAAAGGUGCAUCUCGCGUACGAGCCACCUUCUCAGCGCUUGAGUAUGGGCGACCUAGGCCUCGACAAGGCGCACAAUGGACCAUCGUCUGCAAUCGCCGUCACUGCGCCCUUUCCCUUGGCGUCUAGGGAGGGUGUGAUUGCACUUAGACAAGCCAUCUUGGACCCGGCGGUCCUGUCGCACUGCCUAGUCUAUUCGCACAUGACAGGACCGCACGCCCAGCUACGUGGCAUGGCACCCCAUGCGGCAGAAUUUGUCGCCGAAUUUUGGCAACACCCCGAGACGCUCAAAGCCAUCUCCGAGGCUGCCGGCGAGGAACUGGUACCGUACAUGGACAUAGAGCUUGGACAUACCAACAUCCAAGUACCGAAGGGAAUGUCGCGAGUCGAUUACAUGCGAGGACUUGACGCAGACCCAUUUGCGCCGCCGUCAGUGUCACUGCUCAGCGACGAAGCAGGCUCAAAGACCGUCAACAGUGGAGAUCAGACAGCGCCUCUGGUCGUUGACUACCACAAAGAUGCCUAUCCCUGGGUGGCCGUGCUCAUGCUCAGCGAUGUAAGCAACAUGACCGGUGGAGAGACGGCUCUGCGUAAAGGAGACGGCUCGCUGUUCAAAGCUCGAGCUCCCUCUCUGGGCUCCAUUGUUGUGAUGCGAGGUGGUAGUAUCACUCACUGUGCGCUGCCAUGUGAGGGAGCAAGCGAGCGCAUCACAAUGGUGACCAGCUUCCGACCACGUCACUCAACGCAAGACUUUUCCAAUCUGCACAACAUCAUUGACUGCAGUAACUUGAACGAGCUGUAUGAGCAGUGGACCGAAGCCCGCCUGGAUAUCCUUGGCAACAAAUUAAAGGCGUACAAGCAGGUCCUGGCCAACCGACGCAGGCGUCUUGAAGCGAGAGAUGGUGUGCUUGGUGGACUGAGAGAGCCCACCGUCGACCUCGAGGAGCUUAACCGACUGGCGGAUGAGAUUAACGAGCAUAUGAGCAGGACUCUUAGCGAGAUGGCGCCUUAUACAUCUUCGCGCAACGUGUGGACUCCCAAACCGCGCAUCAACCUGUAAAGCUUUAGCGACGUCAUCCGACGUGCCCCCCUCACACUCAGCUACGCGGUACGUGAACCGACUGACCGAGCGAGACGCGGCGCAGCGCGGCGCGGCGCGGCACCGGUGAUGCCCAUUUGCGAGUCUUAGAUCGUACCGAUAGGUCAACUCAGGCAAACAGGUGCGACGUCCCCUUGUGCUUGAUGAGAUAUCCAUACAUCCUUAGAUGCCUGCUUGUGUCCCUUCAUGUCCCUCUCGAGCCCGAUUCCAUCUUCUUCCAUCUUCUUGCACGUGUACUUGAGCCUAGACUUUCUCGUAAUGACUUGCAAUGAUCAUCUUUUCUGCUGUCGUCC